GGGGGGCAGAGAAACUCAGAGAAAUAUGGUUGGAGGGUCUGCUGGAAGGGGUUUUGUUAAGACUGGACCUGAGAGUUGAGACUUGGCCAGCUUGGUUGCAGUGGACAAGAUGGUGAGAACUGAUCGCUGAAUUGGCUGAUUGUUGUGACCUUGGCCGUCUGCUGGAUGCCCAACCAGGUUCGGAGGAUCAUGGCCGCGGCCAAACCCAAGCACGACUGGACCAAGUCCUACUUCCGGGCAUACAUGAUCCUCCUCCCCUUCUCAGACACCUUCUUCUACCUGAGCUCCGUCGUCAACCCGCUUCUGUACAACGUGUCGUCGCAGCAGUUCCGCAGCGUGUUCGGGCAGGUGCUGCGCUGCCGCCUGACGCUGCCGCACGCCAACCAGGAGAAGCGCCUGCGCGCCCACGUGGCCUCCACCACGGACAGCGCCCGCUCCGCGCGCCGCCCGCUCAUCUUCCCCGCUGCCCGGCGCAGCAGUUCCUCUGCAAGAGCUAACAAGGUUUUCUUGAGCACUUUUCAUAGUGAGGCCAAGCCCGAGUCUAAGCCUCAGGAGCUGAGUUGCGAGUCACCAGAACCCAACUUGGAGACGAAACCAGCCAACCCUGCCACUGGGAAUGGUUUUCAGGAGCACGAAGUGUGACUGCUGAGGAAGGCAGGCUGGACUGCUAAGCAGCACUCCUUACACGAAAGCCAUGUUACCUUCACACGGCAGUGGUAUAAGAAACUGUGCUCCCAUCAGGGACAGGAGUGGAAGACCGGCCUGGGAAGAGCAGCCAGCCACUGAAGUGUCAGCUAAGAGCUGAUUCUGCCAGCCUGGCCUCAACUCUGAUUACAGAUGGGGCCAACUUGCAUCCCACCUCCUUCCUUCCUUCCUUCAAGGACACACCAAAAAUUCAAGCUCUAUGUAUUCAGAGCUCACAAGGAUUUUCUUUCUUUUUUUUUUACACUGAGCUCUCUGUUUCCAAAGGAACUAAAAGAACAGACUCCCCUCCCUACCCAGAAUAAAAGGACACCCAGAAGAAUCUCGGGGAGCAGGGGAGGGCAGGCCAGAAGAACAAUGCAGGAGGGGCUGACAUCUCCUUCCGUCUUCAGCAGUGUGCAGAGAAAAGGGCUAUCUUGAGGAGCAAGAUGGUGCUGGGAAGCCAUGGCCGAAGGGCCGAGGCAGAACUGCUCCUUUUCUUGGGCCGGGGCCCGUUGCAAAGAGGGGUGUUGCAGCAGCUGAUGCACACCGAGUUCAGUUUCCCUGGGGAGCAGAAGGACUGGUACCCAGCCGAGGCGAUGAGGCAGGCUGCCGACGACGCACACGACUUGCGGUACAUGAUUCCUGCAACACAGACCCAAAGGAGCGAGGUUAGCCUGCCUGCGCCGGCCAAAGGACUGCAGCGCCCCGAGUCUGAAGCCCAGGGACAGCACUUCCUGUUACUCCUCCCACAGCCCAGAACCUUGCUGGGUCCAGGAAGAUAGUCAAGGUUGUUUCCUUGAGCAUCCGAAAUCCACAACCUGUGCAGUGAAGAAGGCAGGCCUCAUUUCACUUGCUUUUGACAAUUUUUCUCAAGGCUAUUUGAGAUGCCAAUACCAGUGAAUAAAGAGCUGUUACUAUCAAAGUUCAUUUUUGUUUAAAGUCAGAAUUCACACUGUGUACUAGACAGAGCUUUUUAUUUACUUUUUUUGGUUUAAACUGUCUCAUGCCAGAGAGGCCGACAAGCUGAGCCUUAAGAUCUUAUCUGUUAUUACUUUAUAAGCGGCCACAGAGAUGGCUCACAGUGAUUUUUUUAUUAAAUCCUGAAUUCUCUCAAUAAAGACCAAAGCCCAGUGGGAAUAAAUGAGAUCCCUCUGAAGAGGCUCUGGGGGUUCAGUGAAGGAGGGGUCUGGCUAACAGUGUGCUGAGCACUGCCUUAGUCCAAGGGAAGUUUUGCCCUUAAAACAUGGCCAUUAGCCAAGUCAGCCCUACAUAGCCAACACUUAAUAACACAUACUGUGUGGGCACAUGGGUUUCUCAGUAAAACCGGGGGCCCAUCUUGAGCUCAUGUAUCAUGUUCAAAUUGUAGCAUACUUAUCCAGUUAGGGUGUCUUGGGUAAUUAUUUGACUUUAUAAAAAUGGGCAUUUGCUCAAGUAAUAGGUAAGCUUAUUAAAUACUUUCCUGGAUGCCAGGGAUGCUCCAGAUGGUGACUAGCUCAUUUACUACCUGCAACAACAUUACAAGGGAGGCCCCUAAUAUGAUGCCCAUUUAACAGAUGGGGAUGGCAAGGGAAAUUUAAUAACUUGUUCAAGUCACACUUCUAGAAAGCAGAGCAGCUGUGAUCUGAACCAAAGAUUCUGGUCCCAUGCUGUCAAAUCUGUAGCACUAUAUAUAGCAAAGAAGCCACCCAAGUUAAACACAAAAUGGUCUUGUAUCCCACAGCAGAGAAGACUGCUUGGAAAAUAGCUUUUGGUGGAUGUGUGUGGCUAUAUUUGUAUCAAUGACUUACUUUUCUUUUUGGACAUAACGAUGUCAUACUAAAGCUGGACCUCAGAGGGAAUGCCUUGUAUCCCCCUCAGAUACGAAGGGUAGCAAAUGGGCUACACACAGUCCACCAGUAGCCAGGGCUCCCCAUUCCCUGGGGUUCCCGGCAGGGAUGUCUGUUUGCAUCCCCCCUUUGAUUUGGGUCCCUCCCCCUUGAGAACUGCUACUCUGGAUGCUAGAGAAACAGUACACAAUUGAAGUGCCUAAAACUUCCAAGUGAGAGGUAAAGAAAUACUUGAGAUUUACAUUAAAACAUGCAAUUUUAUGUCA